CUCUUUGCCAGGGCACGGCCCCCUCAUGCACCUGGUUGUGUGCCAAGUGCAGAUCCUAGUCUCAGCUCCUGCAGGUUUCCCCUGGGUCUGCCAGGGUCUGCUGUAGGUUGAGACGGUCCAGGGCUCCUAACCACUAUGUGUUAUCGGUGCUGUCCCCCUCUCCCUAUCAGCCAGGCAGGGAGCAGCAGCUGCAGCCUAGACUGAGAUGGGCUUGGACAGCUGGUGUCAUUGGUGAAACAGCUGCACCGGCCCACCAUUCUACCAUGCUCCCCAGGGUAGGACUGACCUGUUGCCUACCCCCAUGAGGAGCUGUGGCAUCAGGCAGGAGGUGGAAGCCAGGAUGCCUGCUUCCACCGCCGCAUGGGAAAAAUUGCAGCAGUUUGGGGUAGGGAAAGGAAUGACUUGGCGGUUGUGCCUGUCCUGUGAAAUUCAAACAUUGAGCUGUGACAAACACCCUGCAAUUUAUGCAGGGCCUUAAUUACAGUGACCGGGCCUUCAUUCCUCCUUUCUUUGUCUCUUCUCUCAUCCUCCUUUCCUGCAAGCAGCCUCUGCAACGAGGAGACCGAAGGUGCUGGCCGGUGGUUGGCUUUCAGAGGCCUGAGAUUGUGAAGGGAAGAGGUGGGGGCCGGCUCUAGAUAGCUGGGGACAGUAGGUUUUUAAGUAUCUCAUUACUACAGGGAGGGAGUGGGUCCUGUCAUUUCAUUGCAGGGCAGAGAAAUGGGCAGAAGGCAGGACCUCUGGCUGGUGGAAAGGGGGGAGCUGGGACACACAUAGCAGCUGCUCUGUUCCCUUGAAGCUCUUGGGAAAGAUUCCUAGCUCAGCGUCUUUGAGACUCAACAGGAGCUGUCCCAGGAUCAAGGGAGAUUAGCCUCAGCUGCAGUACCAAGGAAUGGCCGUGAGCUGUUGCUGCCUCCUGAAUGCUGAAGGGCUGGACGCUAAGCAAGGUGAAGGCUCCCCUGGGUUUGCUACCCAAUGGCCUGGCCAAUCCCUCCACCACUUACUCUCAGCCAGGCACCCUGUGGCUGCAUCUCCUCACCCCUUGCUUUCUGUCUGCCUAAUGCAAUCGUCUCUUGCUUCAGCCACAGCCCCACUGGCUGCUCUCCCUGCCUCUGUUGCCUCACAGUAAUAUUGGGACAUGGGUGCAGCAGGCGCUUGAGUAUUCUGGGCACCUGUGCCUGUGUAGUGCCCUCUGCGUGGCUCAGGGCCCAUCCAGGCCAGAUGUGCUGUGAUCAGGCAUCAGGGCUGGAAAUACCUACAGUCCUCGUCUGGGAUGUUGGCCUGCUUUGUGAGAGCCUGUAAAGUGCUUUGAGAUCCCCCUGCAGCCUGGGCCUCUGCUCCCUCCUGCUGGAAGCUGUCCUGUUUCUCCAGCUGGUUGGUAUGCACUGGUUGCUAGGAUACUAGCUGUGACUGGACAUGCCUGCACAUUCCUCCAGCGAGCUCCUAACUCUGCCCAGCGCCUGCCAGGACCUUGCCAGAGCCUUGCCUGGGGCAGCCGCUGGCCCCCGGAGAUCCAGCCCUCCCUCCACCAUGGGGCGCCUCCCUCUGGGCGGUGUCUCACCCUAUGUGAGGACCAGCGCUGGUGGGAGUGUGGACCCGCUGAAGUUCUAUGCCACCAGCUACGGCACGGCUUACGGGCAGGAGAGAUUCCAUCCUCGCGUUGGCCACCACUCAGGAGCCGGGUACAAAUCCAAUUACCGGCCUGUCGUCUCUUACAAGGCCAGCCUGGAUCAAGUGGAUAAUCCAGCCGUGGGACAGCUCCUUCAAGAUAACUAUGACACAGUGACCACCAAGCACUUCCGGCCCCUCCAGCUUCCCGAUGGCAAGUACCCCCUUCCCUGGAGCGUCUACCAGCCGGGGAGCGGGUUUGUUCGAGACAAGCCCAUUUCCUUCCCCACCACCAAAGCCGUUAAGAAAGUCCACUUUGAUACAUGGGACCAGGGGCCGCAAGCCAUCACAGGGCUGGAACCCAGACAACUCCCCGUCCUGCACAAGCCACAGGGGAAAGGCUCUGUCGAGGGGGAGAACGCCAGACAUGGCCCUCUGUACAUGUCCACAGAGUAUAACUCCAAGUUCCGCUUCGACAUUCCCAGCCAGCCAGAUUUCUUACAGAGGAAGACGAUAGGAGCCAAGGAGGAGACGGGAUUCACUGAGGGCAUCCAUUGGAACCCCAUUACAAUCCUGCCACUUCCUCCGGGAGAGCCAAGGAGCCAACCUGGCAUCAGCAUCACCAAGACGGACUUCCUGCCCAGCGCUCUCCCCCAUGGCGAUGAGUUCCUACCCGUGCUGUCGAAGAGCUCUGAGCGAGAGACGGGAUUCAGCCGGGACAAAGACAACGGCCUCAGUGCCAUGGGCCCGCUGCAUGCAGCACCCCAGCCUGGGGUCUUGGGAUCAGGGCCCCUAAGCCACACUCAGUUCCGAGGGCUCCAGAGGCCCCUGCAGACCCAGACCAACCUGCUGGGCCGGGAGUACGUGGGGAACAAGGAACUCUCUGGAUUCAGCAUCAACAACAAGAAAUAUGUGACACCCCCCUACGACCCAGACUUGCCCAACAAGUACCUGAGCAGCUACAACGCCAAGUUUUAUGACAACACCCUCAAGGGCGUGGACCGUGAAGGAUGGACCCGUGGAGGAAUCCAGCCCCAACAGCCGGGCGGCUUUGCCACUAACAACCACGUCACUGGACUGGGCAGCAACCCCAAUGCCACGGAGACCCUGAGGCGGGUCCACCCCCAUGUCGGCAGGACGAUCACAAUGGUGGACCCGUUCUAUCGCGACACUCCUCAUGACAACCGCUUCUCUGCUCUGCACCAAACCGCCGUACAUGAGUAGAUCUGUGCCUCCACCCCGCAGGAGCUGGUCUCCUCUGGCGAGGCAGGGAUUCUAGGGCUGGUCUCCCCCAGCGAGGCAGAGGCUUCAGCAUCUCCCAAAGGACUUUACUUUUCCAAGGAUAUAAAGAGAAGUUAUCACCCAGUGAAGGCUCAUUGGUUCUCAGUGGCCUAGUUGCCAACCCCCCUCCUCUUAGAUCUCAUAGACCUCUCCUACUUUUCCCCAUGGCCCCCAUAAACUUCCCCUUCUCCUCUUCCCCAGGGACGCCAGCCCGCCUUUCCACUCCCAUCCUCUGCUGUUCUCACGGGGGAGCCCUCUGCUGUGAGAGCUGACCCCAGCUCUCACCCCAUGCAUGGUGGCACCCAUGUGCUGCCAUGGGAGUCAGCAGUUCCAUUCUCCUGGCAUUUGGGCCCCAUCCCUCACGGUGCUGAGCAGUGGGAGAGGAGGGUGCCUGGCACCACUCAGGAUCAAGCCCUUUGACUCCAGACGGGAAGCUGGGCCCUGUGUGUGCAGCAGAGAAUGGAGUUAACCGUUAGACAUGUGCUGUAGCCACCUGGGCUACCCAGCUCACCACAGGGUCUCUGCAGGGCCUGGCACUGUCCUUGCAGGGCCCUGGGGCUGUUAUCAGGGGGUCUAGGGCUGUUCUCCUGGGGGACUUGUAGCUUUCACUGGCACCAGGGUUGCCUUGAUUUGGCCAUUAAAUCUUCGCCAUCAAUAGAACAAGGCUCAUUUACAGCAGUGGAGGAGCUGGUGAUUUGUUCUUUAAAUGUAGCCCUGUUGCUAAGGUCACCCAAGACCCAGCAGAGGCUGCUGAGCUCUGGAGAUGAGGGACUGAACCUACCGUGCAGAGGCACGUUUGGAUCCAGUAAGGCUAGGUCAUGCUGUAAUGUCCCCCUGCCUGCUCGGCAGAGUCUUCACUCAACGGCUGCUCUCCAGACUUAAAUCCAGGGCCCUGCACUGGCUCCAGCUGAGUAACUCUGGGUUGCCUGGCAGGAUCCCCCUCUGCCUGGCUGUUUCUCUUUUCCAGCUCAAUUGCAGUGCUGCUUGUGAUGGGGGAGGCAGCUGUGUGGUGACGCUGCCUGGCUCAGGUGCCCCAGCAUGGCGGUAAUGCCAUCCCGCUCAUGCACGUGUGUUAGGAACCGACUGGCGAGCUUUCCCUUGUGCCCUGAAAGGAGCAGUGUUUGGCCCAGCGGCACUGUGGCGGUACCCAGAUGGGAGAGGGGUAAUAGCAGAGCGAUGGGCUGGAAUUGUCUCUUCAGCUGCCAGCUGGUAACUGUUAAUAGACAGUCUGACACACCACUGCAUUUCCUCCUGGUCCUGUCACACUGUUCAUCUACACACGCAUUUAAUGACUCUCUUCCUACUGCUCCCCUCCCCAUCCCAAACAGCUGGUAGCUCAAUUCCCUCACCCUCAGCAUGUUCCACAUUCACCGGCACCGCAUGGGGUGAUGUACAGGUAAUAGGAUCUUUUCCCGUGCCCCAUAACCUACUUUAUGGUGUAGUGUGCACACACACAGAGUAGUCUCCACACUCCCAGCAUGGUGUGACGGUACACACACAAAGCAGGGUCUACAGACACCCAGCAUGCUGUGAUAUAUAUAUAUAUAUACUCGCACUCCAUUCCCUGCAUCAUGUGAUGCACUCACAUACCAUAGGAUCUCCACAUUCCCAACAUGGUGCGGUGUACAUGUGCCCACACAGUCGGAGCUCCACAUUUCCAGCAUGGUGUGAUACACACAAAGACAGAGUCGGGUUUCCAGCCUCCCAGCAUGGUGUAAUAUUAUAUAGAUACACAGUGGGGGGUCUUUAUUCCCAGCAUGGUGCUAUGCUCGCACACACACAGGUAGGGUCUCCACACUCCCAGCAUGGUGUGAUACCUGCACAUGCAAUAGGGUCUUGAGGCUCCCAGCUUGGCAUGAUGCACACACGCACAGUGGGAUCUCCCUGCAUUGGGUGUUACAAGACGUAGGCCUUUUUCCCU